UAUAACUUAACAAACAUUUGCAUUGUCUGUAAGUGUUUUCAAAUGAGAUUUUUGAACGAUAUUUCAGCCUAGUUAAAAGAUACAAAGACAGCCGCAGUAUACAAGAUGCAGUUCGUCUUCGUUGUGUGUAUUUUGUUGCUAGUUAUUUCACGAACUGGUGCUCAUGAUCAAUGUGCCGGAACGGAAGACGGUGAAGUUUGUUCCUGUAGUACUGCAACCGGCACCUGUGUGAAUGAAGUAUGUCAGUGUAUGAAUGCCGUUAGAAGGCAAAGAAAUUUUCUUUACCCUAUACAGGACAGGUGGGGUUGUUUUAUGGACUACGAAUGUUUGGCCCGGGGAUUGAACUGUCGAUGCAUUUCGAAUCGGUGUGGCGGCGGCUGGCUGGGUUGCAUAAAUGGGGAAACCUUGUAUAACUACUGAACUGGAUACAGGCGUUACAGUGGAGAAGAGUAGCCAUAUACAUUUGAAGAAAAAUCAAUGAAAUAAUGAUGAAACACACCUGAAAAGAAUGAUUUAAAAAUGAUACAUGCGUACAACAAAAUCACUACAAAUUAAU